UGCACUGGUGAGCCAACCACUGAUGUUUCCAGCUGCCCUCCCAGCAUCGCUGAGGGGUUAGGAAAGAAGUAUUUUUAGCAUCAGCACAAGAGACCCAAGUGUCCAGGCACAAGAGCUGGGCUUCAGUUUCAACUUGGCCACUCAUGUAUUUACCUGAGCAAAUCAGGGCCCCUCUUAGGACAUCUGAGCAUAAUAAUCCUUGUCGUUCUUAUCUGGGUUAUUGCAAAAGGCUAGUAAGAUAGUAACUUGAUUAGAAGUAAUGUAUAUACAACAGAUGGUGUUAUCUACAUGUUGCAAAGAUGAAAGAUGAAAGCUCAGACACAGGGACCAUGUGUCUGAUCCACUAUCCACUGCGAUCCUAGAGCUGGAACAAGCCUCGAGGACUAGACAGACUGGACCUCUGUCUUUGCAUCCCAUGUGAAGAUGGAUAUCUUCACAGUCUUUAAAGCAGCCGCUGAACCAAGGUUCCUCGUAUACCAAGCUGCUUCCUACCUCCUUACCUUUGCUCCUGCCGUUUCCUCUGCCUGGGACAUCCUUCUUCCCUGGCCAGUCUCCACUCUCAAGACUCAACUCAGGCUCUCCUGAGCCUUCAGGCACUCCUCUAGAAAUGCUUCUCCGACAGCCACAGCCCCCACCAGCUCAAGUGCACUAGACUCAGUACAGCGAAUGGUUAAGAGCCAGCGUGCUUCACCAGCCACUAACUCUGAGACCUAGGGCAAGUUUCUUAUCUUCUCCAAGCCUCUGUUACCUCAUUGAUAAAAUGAAGGUAAUAAUAGUACCAACCUUAGAGUUGUUACGAGCAUUAAUACAUGUAAAGCAACUUAAGGUGCAUAAAGCGAGUUCAUGCUGAAAAGUACUGAGAAGAGCACCAGCACAUGAGAAGCAUGUUUCCGCCGCUGCUAUUGUCAUUAUUAUUAUUGGAUCAGAAGCUCCCCCAGGGCAGAGACCCUGCUUUAUCAGUCUGUCUUCAUAACACCAGGGCCAGGCCUAAUAUCUGAGAGCUGGGACUCCAGUAACUCAUGGCUGACCAUGCCCCUCAGCUCCACUGCGAGGAUUCAGGAGGUGAUGAUUUCCUCAUCCCAGCCUUGAUAUGUCUUCAUGUCAUCAUUGAGACUGUGCUGGCCUUUUGUGGCAUGUCUGAGGCCUGAGUCACUUCUGUGCCAUGAUUCAGCCAAUACGCAUGUCCUUCCGCAGGUCAGGCCAAGUUGUAUUGAGAAAAGAGCAUUGGAUGGAAAGACAGGAGACGUGGUGUCUGCUGCUCAUUGACUCUGAGGCCAGUUUGUGCCUCUCUAGAAAGGAGCUUGCUCUGGCAGUUUUCUGUGAAUUCUGUUGCCCUCCCUGGUCCUUCUGUUUAUCCGUGUCCUUCUUCCCUGAAGCCUAGAAAGGUUGUAAACUCUUAACUUCCUCUGCAAGUGAAGAAAGGCCCAUGGCUCCAACCCUCAAAAGACUUAAAAUCUGGUUAGAGUGGUAAGAAAAGUAUCCUCAUAUUCAAUUGUUCAUGAAAUAUUUGAUGAAGCCACCUCUGUAUCAGGCCUGUGCUUGUCACAGGAAAGGUAGCAAGAGAAGGAGAGUCCAGGUACUGUCUUCACAGAGUUCACAGGCCAAGGAGGGCACGGACCUGGAGCCAUAAUAAAGAUAAUCUAGGUACUUUUAACCAGUACUUCUCAAAUUGGGUGGGAAUAUUUCAGGAGUCACCUGGGGAGUGUUUUCCUCCUCAGCUGAUAACUGCUGCUUUAGGCAAAAAAGUCACUUUGGUCUAGAUUAGUAGGUACAGGAAGCAGGCCUUUGAAGCCUUUGAGGCCAGAGGUUGAAGCUUCUCUCCUGGCUCUGGGAUCAGCCCCAAUGCAGGCCCCUGCCCCCAGGAGCCUCUGUGUCUGCUGUCUUCUUCCCAUCCAUAUUCCUUUCAGGAGGGUCAAUGCAGCACAAUGCCAGCUCUGCCCCUGGACCAACUCCAGAUCACCCACAAGGACCUGAAGACAGGGAAGCUGAGGACUUCACCAGCGCUGGUUGUCUUCGACGAGACUCUGCAGAAGUGCCUGGACUCCUACCUGCACUAUGUCCCCCGAAAGUUCGACAAUUGGGUGGCCCCGGCCCCUGAGGUCGUUGACAUGGAGAAGCGCCUCCACCGAAGUGUUUUUCUCACCUUCCUUCGCAUGUCCACUCACAAGGAAUCCAAAGAUCACUUCAUUUCCCCCUCUGCUUUUGGAGAAAUCCUCUACAACAACUUCCUGUUUGACAUCCCAAAGAUCCUGGACCUCUGCGUGCUCUUUGGAAAAGGCAACUCCCCGCUGCUGCAGAAGAUGAUAGGAAACAUCUUUCUCCAACAGCCAAGUUACUAUAAUGACCUGGAUGAAACCAUGCCCACCAUCCUUCAGGUCUUCAGCAAUAUCCUCCAGCAUUGUGGUUUGCAAGGGGACGGGGCCUGCGCCACACCCCAGAAGCUUGAGGAGAGGGGCCGGCUGACCCCCAGCGACAUGCCUCUCCUGGAAUUAAAGGACAUCGUUCUCUACCUUUGUGAUACCUGCACCACACUCUGGGCCUUUCUGGAUAUCUUCCCUUUGGCUUGCCCAACCUUCCAGAAACACGACUUCUGUUACAGGCUAGCUUCCUUUUACGAAAUAGCAAUUUCCGAACUGGAGUCUGCAAUUAAGAAGAGGAGGCUUGAAGAUAGCAAGCUGCUAGGUGACCUGUGGCAGAGGCUCUCCCAUUCCAGGAAGAAGCUACUGGAGAUUUUUCACAUCCUCCUGAACCAGAUCUGCCUUCUCCCAGUCCUAGAAAGCAGCUGUGACAACAUUCAGGGCUUCAUCGAAGAGUUCCUUCAGAUCUUCAGCUCCUUGCUGCAGGAAAAGAGGUUUCUCCGGGACUAUGAUGCGCUCUUCCCCGUGGCCGAUGACAUCAGCCUGUUGCAGCAGGCCUCGUCAGCCUUGGACGAGACUCGGACCGCCUACAUCCUCCAGGCAGUUGAGAGUGCAUGGGAAGGGGUGGACCGAAGGAAAGCCACCAAUGCCAAAGACCCACCGGUGGUUGAGAAUCCUAACGGGGUCGUGGUGGCGGCGGAGGCGGUCAGCAGACCGUCAUCGCUUCCCCAGAACUCGGAGGAAGAGGAGUGCUUGGGGGCAGCGGCUGCUCCAGGCCCCACGGUGUGUGGCGUGGAACUGGACUCACUCAUCUCCCAAGUGAAGGACCUGCUGCCAGACCUUGGCGAGGGCUUCAUCCUGGCCUGCCUGGAGCACUACAGCUAUGACCCGGAGCAGGUGAUCAACAACAUCCUGGAGGGGCGGCUGGCCCCUGCCCUCAGCCAGCUGGACCGCGGCCUAGACAGACAGGUGAAGCCAGACCUGACUCCCCUGCUGGCAUCUCGUCACAACAUCUUCCAGAAUGAUGAGUUUGACGUGUUCAGCAGGGACUCAGUGGACCUGAGCCGGGUACACAAGGGCAGGAGGAAGGAGGAGAGUGCGCGGAGCCUGCUGAACGACAAGCGGGAGGUGGUAGCGCAGCGGCGGCGCUACGAGCAGUACAGCGUGGUGGCAGAGGAGGUGCCAGUGCAGCCAGGGGAGGACUCGCCUUACCGCAGUGACGACUACGAGGAUGAGUAUGAUGACACAUAUGAUGGCAACCAGGUGGGCGCCAACGACGCAGACUCUGAUGAUGAGCUCAUCAGCCGCAGGCCCUUCACCAUCCCUCAGGUGCUGAGAACCAAAGUGCCCAGAGAAGGGCAGGAGGACGAGGAGGAGGAGGAGGAGGAGGCUGAGGACGAGGCCCCCAAGCCUGACCAUUUUGUGCAGGACCCUGCAGUGCUGCGGGAAAAAGCAGAAGCCAGGCGCAUGGCCUUCCUGGCCAGGAAGGGGUACCGGCAUGACAGCUCGAUGGCAGUGGCUGGCAGCCCCCGGGGCCACGGGCAGAGCCGAGAGACAACACAGGAACGCAGGAAGAAGGAAUCCAGCAAGGCCACACGAGCCAACCACAACCGGAGAACCAUGACUGACCGCAAAAGAAGCAAAGGCAUGAUUCCAUCCUGAGGCCGCUGCAACAGGGCCAGCUGGACCUGCCAGGCUGAGGUACCAUAGCCUGGGGCCUCCUCGCCAGUUGGCCCCCUGCCAGGCCCCAAGUUCAAGUCCACCCCUCGACAGCCUCAGCUUCGCAGCCCCUGAGAAGGCUGCCUCGUUGUCUGCCAGCCAGCCAUGAGCGCCAUCCUGCAGAACACACAGUGCCUUAUCCACAGCAGAGGAACUGAGCGGCCAGCGCACAGGUGCAAGGGACGGGGUUGGAGCCCCAAGGCCAGCCCCCAAACCUCGUGCAGCCGGAUACCAUGUCCCUUUCUCCCUGGACAGCAGGAAACCUGUGUAUUCAAAAACAAAAAAAAAAACACAAAAAAAGCCCUGUGAAUAAAGUUUUGACCCUUUCAAGAAAUGAUCCAUGCCGGGCCUGUGACCCACUCCCCCUGUGUCCCAGUGCUUCGAUGACAGCCACCGUCAGGAGAGGAAGGCGGCAGGGCGGUGCUCUUUUCAUCAGCCUUUCAUGUUUGCCUCUUAUUUUCACCCCUCCUGAUCUCGCUCUGCUUCACUGUGUGGCCCAGAGAACAUCACUCCCUUCUCUGAGCCUCCGGUCCCUGCCUGCAGAAGCAGGGGCUGAGUGUGUGAGGCCCUGCAGUCCUUUCUGUGAGCUCGUUCAGUCCCCAUGACUGCCACCCUAGGAGGUAGGUAGGUACGAUUUUCAGCCCCAUAGUACAGAUGAAGGAGGCCAGGCACUGAGAACAGCAGGUGGCUGUCCGCCCACAGCUAGGAGGUGGGAGAACAGGGAUUGGACACCCAGUCUGACCCCUGGCCUUUUCAGGGUCCUGGGCCCCCACGGGUGGUGUCAUCUCCAUCUCAUAGCUGCCCAAGGAUGGUUGGCCAGUGGCCGAGCCAAAACCAGAACUCAGUGCCUCCUGGUUGCACAGACGUUCCAUUAAAUCCUCCAAAAUCAAGGGGUCGGAGACAGGAAGAAACAAGUGACGAUGUCACUACCAAGUCCUGUUGAAGCGAGUGGGACUUGGGCCUUGUUCCUCAAAGCCCCCUCCCAGGCAUGGCCAACCAGCUCCUAGCAUGGCCGCAGCUGCCAGACGUCCCGAUUCUUGGGCCACCCAGAAUGUGGCUGAUCGGUGGCGGAUCAGCAGCAGGGCAUUUGCUGGGCUGACCCCCCGCCAGCCUGGCCCGGAGUCCAUCACUGGAAGCCAGGGCCCCUGCCCAGCUGGACCUUGACAAAUCACCCUAGAUGCUAGUGCAAUUUAUUUGCACGUGGUUAGGAUGAGCGUCUGAAGCAGCAAGGCAGACAGGCACUUGAUGAAUUGGUUUUGUUAGGUCAGCCUGCACAAGUGGAAAUCAAUAGCAAUUCCUCUGUCACGCCAGUUCUCUCGGUGUGUUUGAGAUGCAGAGUAGAUAUGGGGGUGGUGUCCUCCCCUCGCGCUGUCAAAUUAGCUGAGAUCAGGCCCAGGGACAGCCGUCUUGACAGGCAGCAGGAAGACUCUGUUUCCUCCUGGAGGCAUUUGCCAGGGACCCAGCUCAGUGGCAGGCCCAUUUUUUUUCUCUCUCUGAGCUGCUCAAGCCCAGCCCUUGGCCCUGGAGCGAAGUAAGGUGGGUUGCGGGGGACUCCUUCGCUUUACCUGCCUUACCUGUUACUGUUUAUACAGCCCCUCACACCUUCACUUGUCAUCUGUACCUCCUGACCACCUGGAGUUCAGGCUUCACGUUAGCGUCCUGGUUUAAACGAUUUGAGAAGACGGGGGAUUUUUGAAAAUUUCCAGAAUGUAGUGCCAGGUCCAACUUAAUCUCCCUUGAAGAAUCACCUCAAGGUGAUUUUCUAUUUCAGAUCAUGAGGGCAUCCUUUCGGGCUUGCUUUGGAAACAGCUCAGGGGUCAUCCAGAAUAGUGCUGGCAGACGUACCCCUUCACCUCUUCGGGCCUCGGUUUUCCUACAUAUAAAGUGGGUACAUUGGACCAGAUGAAUGGUUUCCAUUUGGUGCCAAUUAGAUCCACCGAGGAGGCCCCAGGGUUUAAGAUGGGCAGCACUAUAAGUGAAGUGGGGUGGAGGCUCUGAACCCUGCCCACUCACUCACUGGGCCCUACCACCCCCAUGACUGCUCCUAAGCAGGAAUUUUCUAAGUGCCUUCUCUGUACCCUGGCAGAGAACAUGACUAUCACAGGCAUUUCCCAGGAAGCUUUUAAGACCUGUGCCUCCAAGAGGACUUAAGAUUUGAGUGUCUUCGUCUCCAGUCCAUGAUUGGCAAUGACGGUGGACAUGUCAGUUUGAACAGUGCACCUAUGCCUCUGUGAGGUGGGUGGGCGGAGCCAUUCAAAGGGGCCCCGGCAGCCCAGGGAGGGCAAGUAACAUGCCCGGAGCCCAUGGAUACAGAUCCUUUCUGAGUGGCCCUCUGAGAUGGCUAGGUGCAGUUUGGAAGAGUAAAUACUUGGCAAGAAACUGCCUGUCCCAGCCACACCAGAAGCUUGGGUUAAAUAAUACAGGGAGAGAAACAAACAAACAAAAAUAAAAGUUAAACCCACCAAAAAUGCAGGGGGGUGUUGUGUAGCCCUUUAACAUGAUGUCAAUGAAUACUUGGUAGCAACAUGAGAAACUAAAUAUUCAAGAAUUUUUUUUUUAAUUUAAGAAUACAUGUGAAAGCAGAAUCCAUGGUAAUGCACCAUGAUUGUGAAAAUGUUAGAAAAAAAUUUUUUUUGCAUUUUUCCAAGUCUGGAAGGGAUUGUGUGUAACUGAAAAUGAUGAUAAGAGCAUGGACGACAAUGGUGGUGAGACCACAAUUAUUUGUAAUUAGAAUAAAAAGCACUUAACUGUGGCCA